GGGGCAAGCAGCCGGCGUUGCCCCGCCAGCCAACUUAGUGCGCGCCCCGCCCGGCGCCGUCCGGGUCCCCGCGCCCUCCCGGCCGGCCGGGGCGCGCCGCCCGCAGCUCCGCGCGGUCCGAGCUGCGCGGGAGAGCCUGCAGCACCAGCGGAGAGCCGCGCGUGCGGCGGAGGUGAUGACUGCGGCGGCAUGGAGUUCCCGGAGCACGGCGUAAGGCUGCUGGGCCGCCUGCGGCAGCAGCGCGAGCUGGGCUUCCUGUGCGACUGCACUGUCCUGGUGGGCGACGCGCGCUUCCCUGCGCACCGCGCUGUCCUGGCCGCGUGCAGUGUCUACUUCCAUCUCUUCUACAGGGACCAGCCCGCGAGCAGCCGCGACACGGUGCGGCUCAACGGCGACAUCGUCACGGUGCCCGCCUUCAGCCGCCUGCUGGACUUCAUGUACGAGGGCCGCCUGGACCUGCACAGCCUACCUGUGGAGGACGUCCUGGCUGCCGCCAGCUACCUACACAUGUAUGACAUCGUCAAGGUCUGCAAGGGCAGGCUUAGGAAGAAGGACCCAGAUCUGGAGACCCGCAUGCUGGAGACAGAGCUUCCUGGUCAGCCAUCGCAACCCCUGCCUUCCUGGUCUCCUGACUUCUGCCCAGCUGCACCGAAGACCAAACCCCCAUCUCUAGGGGUCAAGGCUGCCCAUCCCCUGCCAACAUUUGGACCUCCAUCUUGGCAGGUCACAGGGGAGUCAGGUGGGGCCCUGGACCUGUCACUGAAGCCUGGCCCAAGCCCUGAGCAGGUCCACCCACCCUGCCUCCUCCAGACAUCCCUCUGCAGCUCCAUGCAGCAAGGGGCCCAGCCUCUGGUGAAGGCCGAGCAAGAUUCAUUCUCUGAACAAGACAGCAGCAGCAGCCCUCAGAGCACCGCUGACAGAUCCCCACCACCAGGCUGUGCUUCUACGGCCCAGGGCCUGCCAGUGCACAUCCAAGGGACGGGAAGCCAGCAGCUUGGGUUGGACGCGGAGCCGGUGGUGGACAACGAGGAGUUGGGUCCCAGUAGGCACCUUUGCAUCUGCCCGCUGUGCUGCAAGCUGUUCCCUAGCCCCCAUGCCCUGCAGCUGCAUCUCAGCGCCCACUUCCGAGAGCGGGACAGCGUUCGUGCCAGGCUCUCCUCUGAGGGGGCCGUGCCCACGUGCCCGCUCUGCAGCAAGACCUUCUCCUGCACGUACACACUGAAGAGGCACGAGCGGACACACUCUGGGGAGAAGCCCUAUACCUGCGUGCAGUGUGGCAAGGGCUUCCAGUACUCACACAACUUAAGCCGGCAUGCGGUGGUUCACACACGGGAGAAGCCCCAUGCCUGCCGCUGGUGUGAGCGCCGAUUCACACAGUCUGGGGACCUGUAUCGGCAUGUCCGCAAGUUCCACUACGGCCUCGUCAAGUCCUUGUUGGUGUAAAGUUUUUUUGUUUGUUUGUUUGUUUGUUUGUUUGUUUUGGUUUUUUUUUUUUUCUGUAUCUCCAAGGUGUGGAGGAAGGGUCUCCUGGGUGGGUCUUUGGGACAGAGGAAGAAGCCCUACCACAAGGCUAGAAGGUCCCACCUGCCAAUCUGAAUGAACGCUGCUGCUGCUGCUGCUGCUGCUGCUGCUGCUGCUGCUGCUGCUGCUGCUUGGAUGGUUGCCUCCUCUUGCCCUUCACUCUCCAUCUCACACCUGCGCACAGGUUGUGCCUUGCCCAGUUAGGGACACUAUCUUCCUCAUUGUCCUCUCUGGCAAGGUUCAAGGAGUGUCCAGCCUGCCCGUCCACUGGGCCUGGGCUUCUCGGUAUGAGGUAACACAGUUUUCCUCUGUCCUGGCGCUUCCCUGACCACCCUGCUGGGACACUUGAGAGUGUCCUUGUGUGCCUAGUGCCAUGAUAGAAUGACUCAGUCGUCAAGAAAGUCGUUAAUGCAAGUGUCUAACAGGGUGCACUGAGAGAGCAGGCCAAUUGUCGUAAGUGGCAGCAGGGACCCCUGUGGAGAAGGCCUCAGGCACAAGUACCAGCAGGGGCUGUAGAGACACAGCUGGCCUUGCAGGAAGCAUGGCUCCAGCGGGGACCGGAGCAUCAUGAGGGUGGCUGAGGCGGCCUGUCCCUGGAGUGAUUGUUACUGGGGUGGAACGGGGUGGAACUUUGGGCAAAGAAGGGGAAUUUGGAAAUGGCUUCUCUUUCUACUAAGAGCCUCCCAAGGCUACCAUGUGUCUGCUACUGGGUGAGGACCCUACAAGUGCCCCCACGGGGGUCCUGGGGCUAGGAAUGGCAGAUCCUGCCAUGAGCCAAGCUGCGCAUGAUGCAGCUGAUGCUGUGUUUCGGCACGCCUGACCAUGGGAGUCCCUCUCCUACUUUCUAAGGGUCUCCUUGGAGCUGUAGUCAUUCCCAGGCACCAAGCACAGGGCCGGAGCUUGUCCAGCCUAACAGGAGCGACAUUUGCUGUGCUACUCCUGCCGUGGUGGUGGUGGGGGGGCAUGGGUAGAAGCAGCUGUCACAGGGAGACAGGGAGGCAGGCACCCUUCAUCUAUGGCCCUGGAAGGAAGGCUGACACCCUUGAAAUGUGAAGGACUUUGUCUUCUGCCUCUGUCGUGGAUAUGGGCCACCUUGCUUUGACUACUUGCGCCCCAAGCAAGCCUUGCUGUCCCAGAACCUUGAUUGUUUCAGGAAGGGGAUGGGGUAGGAUAGGAGAUGCCUCGGCCUUGCAUCAGAGAAAGUGGUAGAGAUGCCCCAAACAGCUUGCCCUCUCCCCAGCUGGGCUGUCUCUGAUGACUGCAAGUGGCCCGGAGGACAGAGUCGGGGCAAGUCUGUCUUUAUGUCUUCUGCUAACACUUGAUGUAUUUAUUUGCCUGCUUGGUCUGGAGUGAAGUGACCGUUGGUCUCCCCAAGGUGGAAGGUCCGUUGUUCAUCUCCUGACCAUCUCUGUGCUCUCCUGAUAUGUCCACGGCUAGCCUGGGAAGCUGGUGCCUCCAGUGAUGCUACAAGACUGGAGUCCCAGGAUGGGCCACAGUCCAGAGGGCUGGAGAAGAGGCGUCCUGGCUUCUGACUCCACCUCUGGAAGGGCUGGUAGGACCCUGUGAAUUACAACCUGAGCGUGCAUGCAUGCUCUCUCUCUUGGGCACGCACUCUGUAUGUGUGUGUGUGUGUGUGUGUGUGUGUGUGUGUGUGUGUGUGUAUCUGUCUGUCUGUCUGUCUGUUAGCAGUACUGCAAGUGAGCAGGCGGAGCACCGUUGCGUUGGUUUUCCUCAUGUGCUUGCUUCCCUGGGGCAGGGAGCCUGCCCUGAGUCAACACUGGACUCAUUGUCUUUGGUGCACAGUUACUGUGAAGCUAGCAAAGAAUAAGUGACUGGUUGUAAGUUCAUAACUGGCAUGGUUCAGUUGCGUGUAUGCAUCUGUCUGACACACUGCCUGUGUGUGCGCACAGGACAGGUGUGUGCAGAAGCGGUCCAGGUGCUUUCUGCUGUGGGUUCCUCGGGCUGGCCCAGCUACUGUCCCUGCCUGUGGUCUCACUGCUGCUCUGCCCCUGGAGGGACCACUGGGACAUGACUCCCCAGGACAGCUCUUCCCACAUAGUUUGGCUGGGAUGUUUGCAUAGCCCUGUUUGUGUCAGCCCGCGCCACCCCUAGAAACCAGUGCUGUCUUCUUAUUUCACACAUUCUGGCAGUCACAAUGACUAAAAUAAAGCCAACCACA